AUGGAAGAGGAUCAGACUGAUAUAGAUGAAGCCAUCACUGUGGAGGAGGACGCUGUUGAAAGGACGAGCUCAAUGGGCGUAUCACCUCAUAAAGAUUUAGAGAAAAAGAAAACAAAAGUAGAAUGUGGCAAACAUAUUUGUGAUGGGUCCGGCGCCACGUUCCAUAGAGUAGAAGAAGCAAGCAUUCAGUUUGUUGAAUGUGGCAAUGAACUAACUAAAGAUGAAAGGAAGGAGCUUAAGCUAGGAAUUGAUAAUGCUUUGGAUAAGUGCUUUUUCUAUUUAUAUGGUUUGAAACUUAGAUCUGAUUCAUCUGGUGAAGAUGAUCUAGCCAUGCACAAAAAUACAAGCAACGGAGAUUAUCAGACGAAGGAACAAUGUGUUGAUGUUUUUCAGUAUAUACUGCACUAUGCAAAGGCAUUCUCUAGAACUGGAUUAGUGAAACUUUGGAGAGUAUUAAGAGCUAUAUGCAAACAUUUUCCACAACCACCUAUCAAUGUUUUGGCUAGAAAUGUGAUAAAUAGAUUUUUAGAUGAUCCUAAUUUGUGUGAAGAUAGACUCUCAGAGGAGGCCAGAUCUAAUGGGUUUCUUGAUGCCAUUACAAAGAUACUAUUUUCUGAUGUCGGAAGCCUCAAACAACAGAAGGCAUUAUCUGUAGGGAGUUCUGAGCCAUAUCUAGAGGUUUAUUGCAACUUGUAUUAUCUCCUUGCUUUGUCUGAAGAAAUGAGUGCAACUGAUAAAUGGGCUGGCUUUGUAAUCACCAAGGAAGGGGAAGAAUUUGUGGAGCAAAAUGUGAAUCUCUUUAAAUAUGAUUUACUAUUCAAUCCUCUACGCUUUGAGAGUUGGCAACGGCUUGCGAAUAUUUAUGAUGAGGUGGACUUAAUGCUAAAUGAUGGCAGUAAGCAAAUAGAUGUAUUAGGAUGGAGGAAAAAUGCCACUUUACCUCAGAGAGUUGAGGCAAGUCAAAAAAGGAGCAGGCGGUGCUUGUUGAUGACUUUGGCUUUAGCCAACACAGUGCUUAUGGUGAUUGCUGAUCUUGGAUCAUCAUCAUCUGCUGAGAUACAUGAGUUAUUGGCAUUGGUGUACUAUGAUGGUCUUCAGAAUGUGGUGCCAUUUUAUGAUCAAAGAUAUGUGGUACCUGCAAAGGAUACAACAUGGAUAAUGAUCUGCCAGAAUUCAAUGAGACAUUUCAAGAAGGAUUUUGAAUAUAAGGAAGAUUGGUCUCAUGCAUUUUAUCUGGAAAAACUCUCUAAGAAGCUCGGAUACUCGCAUGAUAUAUCAUUCUCAUAUUAUGAUAAGGCUAUUGCUUUGGAUCCAUUAGUUGUAGAUCCUUUCUACAUGAUGCAUGCUUCAUGCUGGAAGUUGGUCUAUAUGGUUGGGAAACAAAAUGAAAAAGCUUUAAAGGUUUUUUUCUUUGUGAAACUUACUGUUGUUGCAGCAUAUUCCUUUACUCAAUCUACAAAGGAUACUGUCAUGAAUAUGUUUGAUGGAAUGGACCCUGAAACUUCACAGUCACCAGUGGAUGUUGAGGGAAGUAUUGAUGCCAAUUCUGACUAUAAGUUGGAAGAGGUGCGGAAAACAAUUGGUCUUUCUGGGAACAUGAAGGUGCUGGAAGUUAACCUACCAGAAAGUUCUCGAAAAUUUAUUACUUGCAUUAGGAAGUACAUGUUGUUCUACUUGAAAUUGAUGGAGGAGACGGUAGACAUCUCUACUCUGGACCGUGCUUACAUAUCUAUUUGGGCAGAUAAGAGGAUCCAAUUAUCCUUGUGCCUGGAAGAUCUUGAUCCAGUAGCACUUGGUAGGUACAUCAAGGCUCUAACUUCAUCCAUGCGUCGAACUGACAAUGGCUCUGGUGCUGCGGGCGACUCUCUUGAUCAUCUUUUGGAGAAGAUGUUCUCUUUGUUCUUGGAACAGGUGACCUUAUGGUCCGAUAUGUGCAAUUUGCCUAAGAUCAAGGGCCCAGAGUUGGUGGAAAGCAACUUACAUGGGUAG